AGUGUCUCAACCCUUUCUCCGGUACUAGAGAGGGUAUCAAAUCCAAUGGCGGUGAAAAAGAAGAAAAAUAUAUAUUUAAUUUUCUGCGUAAAAAUUAAAAGAAAAUAUAGGGAAAAAGAACAGGAGAAACACUAACCAUGCGAUUAGGGUUUGGGAUUGAAAUUGAAGCGAAGCGAAGGGAUUGUUGAAAUUCGGAUUAUUGGAAAUUGGGGAAUUGGACAGAAAUGGGAAGCGAAGACGCUGACAGUGAUAAGAGUAAGCAAUGGUCGUCUCCAAACAGGGCUUAUAAAGGGAAGGAGGAAGACCCCAAACUUUGGGGACUUUUCCUCUUUGGUUUAAUUGGCGCCACUGCCACCACUUUCGCUGUUAGUCAGCUGAGAAGAUCUGUUGAUUGGAUGUUGGCUCAGUUAGCCAGGUCUCAAUCAUCUCAAAGGGGAGGUUCUUUUCGAACAUCCUUUCAGGAGGAAGCAUGGAGAAGGUACAACCGUCGACUGCAAGAAGAGUACGAGGAAGAAAUGGAGAGAGUGGAGCGGAUAAGGCGCAUGCAAAGUGUGUUUAACAGGGAGCGAAAUAAGUACAGAAGGAGCUACGAGAGCUGGAGGGAAAAUGGUCCUGGUGCUUAUCAUCAGCACUACCAGAGAGAUGACUGGUAUUGGAAGGCUGAAGCACAAUUUAGGGAUCAAAGAACCAAUUUCAGGCAACCUCAAAGAGAUAGUGCAAGCUAUCCAUUAUCACAUCAUUACUCGGUUUUAGGUCUUGACAGGUCCAGAACCCAACCAUAUACAGAAGAUGAGAUUAAGACAGCAUUCAGGGCGAAGGCAAAACAGUUCCACCCAGAUCAGAACCAGAACAAUAAAGGUGAGAUGUGAUGCGUCUGAUGUGGAAGCUGCAGAGGCAAAAUUUAAAGAGGUAAUGACCUCCUACGAGGCGAUAAAGCAGGAGAGGAAGAACAUGAGGGCAUAAAUUAAAAACCUGGUUAUUUGUCUAGAAGAGUUGGGAAAUGAAGUGUAAUAAUAGGGGAUGUAGAAAUUCAAAACCCUAUACUUCUACCUCGACUUCACUGUUGAAGAGUUCAUACCCACCUGUCAUCACUGCCGAUCAACUUUAAAAAAAAAAAAAAACUGAGUUCAUACUGAGGCUGUAGUUGUAGGCAUCUUGCAAGAGAUGAAUAAUUUGAUAAAGGAAAAAACAAUAUUGAUACGGAGUUAAUCUCAAAGUUAAUUCUAAUUUCUUUAAGUAAUAGCAUAUAUCCUCAUUAAUUGAUUUGUCC